AUGGAAGUCAAGAAUUCUUGCGUUUGUGGUCCUUUGAUCCAACUCUGGACACUCUUGCUAAGACCCUCCACCCUUUGGUCCUUGGGUAUUGUCAAGUUUCUGUUGGCCUUUCAAUGGAAGCAAGCUCUCACUAAAAGGGCUGACAAGACCAAGCUGCAGGAUGUCUUGGCUAUCUAUGGCAACUGCAAAGCAUACUCUCGUUUGGGUGUUGAAGGUUACCUGUCUACGAUUGACCAAAUCAUCGCUGAUCGCCACGCUGCCUGCAGGGUCUUGUACAACUACUGCAUCCAAAACAAAGCCGAUCCUGCGUUUGUUUCCAUUGCUCCCAAGACAUAUUUCCUCGCACAUCUGGUGGCUGGCAUUCAUCGCUUUGGUCCUGCGGUAAAUUUUGAGAGAGAGCACGGUGAACAGCACAACAAGUCCAUCUGCGAGAAGAUUGUUCGUACUAGUCGCCAAGUAGUAUCGAGAGAUGUUGCUGUCAAUGUUGUAGUCUACCUUGUUCAUAUUCAGUUUGAAAUUUAG